AACGUUGAGCAGGUUCCAGAAUCCAGCCAGGCUGUACACAAACUUAGCGACUUCUUAACGACGUUUGUAGAACAUUCCAGACCCUCCCACUUCUCGCUAUUUAAAUACCUUCCUUCUCCUUUCCUCACUCAACUUCAAAUAAACAAACAACAAAAGCGAUUAUUCUUUUGAGCUCAUCAACCCAAACGCGAUUAUUCUUCUUCUUAUUUGAUCACAGCAAUUCAUCGACCGUUUUGUGUUCCAAUGGCAGAAAUUGAAAUGCGUGACGCUGAAACCUUUGCAUUCCAGGCUGAGAUCAACCAACUUCUCAGUCUCAUCAUCAACACUUUCUACAGCAACAAGGAGAUUUUCCUUCGUGAACUCGUCAGCAAUGCCUCCGACGUGAGUUUUUUUUUUCGCCUUUUCUAUAUUUGUUACUUUAUUUUGAGUUUUUGGAUUCUGAUUUUGUUUUGGUUACAGGCUUUGGAUAAAAUUCGAUUCGAGAGCUUAACGGACAAGAGUAAACUUGAUGCUCAACCUGAGCUUUUCAUCAGACUUGUUCCUGACAAAGCAAACAAAACACUCUCAAUUAUUGAUAGUGGUAUUGGCAUGACCAAAGCAGAUUUGGUGAACAAUUUGGGUACGAUUGCGAGGUCUGGUACAAAGGAAUUCAUGGAGGCAUUACAGGCUGGGGCUGAUGUUAGCAUGAUUGGUCAAUUUGGUGUUGGAUUCUACUCUGCUUAUCUUGUUGCGGAGAAAGUCAUUGUUACUACUAAACACAAUGAUGAUGAACAAUACAUUUGGGAAUCACAGGCUGGUGGAUCUUUUACUGUUACUAGGGAUGUUAAUGGCGAACAACUUGGUAGGGGAACUAAGAUUACCUUGUUCCUCAAGGAAGAUCAGUUGGAGUACUUGGAGGAGAGGAGGAUUAAGGAUCUUGUGAAGAAGCAUUCUGAGUUCAUUAGCUAUCCAAUCUACCUCUGGACUGAGAAGACAACUGAGAAAGAGAUUAGUGAUGACGAGGAUGAUGAACCAAAGAAGGAAGAGGAAGGAGAUGUUGAGGAAGUAGAUGAAGAGAAGGAGAAAGAUUCUAAGAAGAAGAAGAAAAUUAAGGAGGUUUCUCAUGAGUGGGAACAAAUCAACAAGCAGAAACCAAUCUGGUUGCGUAAGCCAGAGGAGAUUACUAAGGAGGAGUAUGGUUCUUUCUACAAGAGCAUUACCAAUGAUUGGGAAGAUCACUUGGCUGUUAAGCAUUUCUCCGUGGAGGGCCAACUCGAGUUCAAGGCUAUUCUCUUUGUUCCCAAGAGAGCACCGUUUGAUUUGUUUGACACUAGGAAGAAGAUGAACAAUAUCAAGCUGUAUGUGAGGAGGGUGUUCAUUAUGGACAACUGUGAGGAACUUAUCCCUGAGUACCUUGGAUUUAUCAAAGGUGUUGUUGACUCUGAUGAUUUGCCACUCAACAUCUCUCGUGAGAUGCUACAACAGAACAAGAUCUUGAAGGUGAUUAGGAAGAAUCUUGUGAAGAAGUGUAUUGAGAUGUUCAAUGAGAUUGCUGAGAAUAAAGAAGAUUACAACAAAUUCUAUGAUGCUUUCUCCAAGAAUUUGAAAUUAGGUAUUCAUGAGGAUAGCCAGAACAGAGCUAAAUUGGCUGAUUUGCUCAGAUACCACUCUACAAAAAGUGGAGAUGAGAUGACAAGCUUGAAGGACUAUGUUACCAGAAUGAAAGAUGGUCAGAAGGACAUUUACUAUAUCACUGGUGAGAGCAAGAAGGCAGUGGAGAAUUCUCCAUUCUUGGAGAAGCUUAAGAAGAAGGGCUAUGAGGUGCUCUUUAUGGUAGAUGCUAUUGAUGAGUAUGCUGUUGGACAACUGAAGGAAUAUGAUGGUAAGAAGUUAGUGUCUGCUACCAAGGAAGGUUUGAAGUUAGAUGAGGAGAGUGAGGAAGAGAAAAAGAAGAGAGAGGAGAAGAAGAAAUCUUUUGAGGAUCUCUGCAGGACAAUCAAGGAGAUAUUGGGAGACAAAGUUGAGAAGGUAGUUGUCUCUGAUAGGAUUGUGGAUUCUCCAUGCUGUUUGGUGACAGGUGAAUAUGGGUGGAGUGCAAACAUGGAAAGGAUCAUGAAGGCUCAAGCAUUGAGAGAUAGCAGCAUGAGUGGUUACAUGUCCAGCAAGAAGACCAUGGAAAUUAAUCCAGAUAAUGGUAUUAUGGAAGAACUAAGGAAAAGGGCUGAAGCUGACAAGAAUGAUAAGUCAGUGAAGGACCUUGUGUUGCUUCUUUUCGAAACAGCACUUUUGACUUCUGGUUUCAGCCUUGAUGAUCCAAGCACAUUUGCUGCUAGAAUUCAUAGGAUGUUGAAGCUGGGUCUCAGCAUUGAUGAAGAGGAGACUGCUGGAGAUGAAGAUAUGCCCCCAUUGGAGGAGGUAGGUGCUGAAGAGAGCAAGAUGGAGGAGGUUGAUUAAGUGGUCAAUAAUAUCUUUACUCUUGUGUCAAUUGUUUACUGUAAGAAAAUUUUCUGGUGUCAUUUUGUGUUGGCCUUGUUCAUAGGGGUGGUGAAGAAUGUUUAUCUACAUAAGUUUGUGCUUUACUUUCUUUUGCUUUUGGUUUUACAGUAUCAUCUUAUGGUAUCAAAUGUGCUUUUGUUGCUCAUCAACUAAUUUUGUAGUAUAAAGCGAUUUUGAGUUGUACUCUUUUUAUCUUUCUCUCUAUAAAAAAAUUAAACUUCUUUUACAUUCUUUAAAA